AAAAAGGGAAACGAAAGGAAGAAGCACCGCACCCCCACCACUCCACUCCCCGCUCCUCGAUCCAGCCAUGGCGGCCUAGGCCCCUCUAGGGUUCGCCGUCAGCCAGCACCCAGGCGCAUCCCGCCGCGUCGUUCAGCUCCGGCCUGGUGGUGGCGAAUGGGGGCCCGCACGGUGCUCGGAGCCGGGGGUGACCGCGCGCUGCCGGCGAGGCCGGAGGUCCCCUGAGCUCGGCGGCGGGUUACCGUGCUCGCGGGGGGCCUUGCGGGCUUGCGGCGGUGGAGUGGCGCUGCUGGAGGCGGGGGUUUAGGGCGCGCCGGCUUGGUCUGGAGGGCCCCGCGCGUGCAUUGGGGAUUCCAGGCGGUCCCGACGGCGAGCUGCGGUGGUCUCCAGGUGGCGCGAGUUCGUGGAAUUAAGCUGGAGGAGGUGCGGUCUGCGGCUGCUUCUUGAUCUGAUGAGCUCGGGGCCGGCGGCGUGCCUCGGUUUCUCCGCGUGUUUGCUCCGUCGGCUGUCCAAAAGCCAGCUUCUUGGAUCAGGCCCUGCUCAUUUCGGCGCUUUCCGUCGGUUCUUUGGAGAAAGGUUGGAGCUUUGAGGUGUGGUUGGCGAGGGAGCUCAGCGAUGAGGUCAGCAGGGGCUCGUGUUUGCCGUGAUAGUCCAGGGUUCGGGUAGUGGUUUCUGUAGACGGAGGUGGCUGCUGCUCCGAGGGGAGGGCGGCAAGUGGGAGGAGGAGGAGGAGGAGGAGGCAGCAGCCAACAGCAGAGGAAGUGAUGUUCUGGGCGCGAGGGAAGCAGGUUGCCAUUGCUGUUGGGAUCAUGGUGAGCUGCUAAGGAGGACAUUCAGUCGUCCUCCGGUGCGGCGGUGCUUGGUGUUCUUAUUCCGGGUUGUAUUGGUGGUGGAGAUGAACCUCUCCCCAUCCAAGAUGGCGGAACCAUCGCCGGAGAGUGACGGGGAACAAAGGUGUCUGAACUCCGAGCUGUGGCAUGCAUGCGCUGGGCCCCUUGUGUCCUUGCCUAUGGUUGGGAGCCGGGUUGUCUACUUUCCUCAGGGCCAUAGUGAGCAGGUUGCUGCAUCAACCAAUAAAGAAGUUGAUGCUCAGAUCCCAAACUACCCAAAUCUACCUCCACAAUUAAUCUGCCAGCUUCAUAAUGUCACCAUGCAUGCUGAUGUGGAGACUGAAGAAGUUUAUGCCCAAAUGACACUGCAACCAUUGAGCCCGGAGGAGCAAAAGGAACAUUUUCUUCCAAUUGAAUUGGGUGCUGGCAGCAAGCAGCCAACUAAUUACUUCUGCAAGACAUUGACUGCAAGUGAUACGAGUACCCAUGGUGGAUUCUCUGUUCCACGCCGAGCAGCUGAGAAAGUCUUCCCCCCAUUGGAUUUUUCACAGCAGCCUCCAGUGCAGGAGCUGAUUGCAAGAGAUCUGCAUGACAAUGAAUGGAAAUUUCGCCACAUUUUUCGUGGUCAGCCUAAAAGGCAUCUCCUGACGACAGGUUGGAGUGUAUUUGUAAGUGCAAAAAGACUAGUUGCAGGGGAUUCUAUCAUAUUUAUCUGGAACGACAAUAGCCAACUUCUUUUGGGAAUUCGUCGUGCAAAUCGUCCGCAGACUGUUAUGCCCUCAUCUGUGCUAUCAAGUGAUAGCAUGCAUAUUGGUCUUCUUGCAGCAGCAGCUCAUGCUGCGGCCACAAACAGUCGUUUCACUAUUUUCUACAAUCCUCGGGCUAGCCCUUCUGAGUUUGUCAUUCCACUGGCUAAGUAUGUGAAAGCUGUUUACCACACCCGUGUGUCUGUUGGAAUGCGAUUUCGAAUGCUUUUUGAGACAGAGGAAUCAAGUGUUAGACGAUACAUGGGUACGAUCACAGGAAUAAGCGAUCUGGACUCGGAGCGAUGGCCAAACUCACACUGGCGUUCUGUGAAGGUUGGUUGGGAUGAGUCUACAGCUGGUGAUAAGCAACCAAGGGUUUCACUCUGGGAGAUUGAGCCAUUGACAACCUUUCCGAUGUACCCAACUGCCUUUCCAUUAAGACUUAAGCGUCCGUGGGCUUCAGGACUACCCAUGUUCAAUGGAGGGAGGAGUGAUGAGUUUGCUCGUUAUUCUUCUCUCAUGUGGCUUCGAGAUGGAAGCAGAGGGUCCCAGUCUUUGAACUUCCAGGGACUUGGAGUGUCACCAUGGCUUCAGCCAAGAAUGGAUUAUCCAUUGCUGGGUCUGAAGCCAGAUACUUACCAGCAGAUGGCUGCCGCCGCACUGGAAGAAAUUAGAGGUGGGGAUCAUUUGAAGCAGACAUCUUCUCUCCUGGCAGUCCAACAGACUCAAAAUUUGAAUGGUGGGUUAGAUCCUCUGUAUGGAAAUCCUGUUCUACAGCAGAUGCAAUUCCAAUCCCAGCAGUCACCCCUGCAAGCUGUGCAGCAAGGCUAUGGUCAGAACACAGGAAACUCUGGGUUCCUUCAAAGUCAGCUGCAGCAGCUGCAGCUGCAAAAGCAGCAGGAGCCACCACCACCGCAGCAGCAGCAAACACCGCAAGUUCUGCAACAACAAUCUCAUCAGGACAUGCAACAGCACCUCUCAUCUAGUUGUCAUGAUAUUACCAAUGUAGCUUCUAGCAUGUCCGAGGCUGUUUCUGCUUCUGAAUCACAGUCUUCUUUGCUUUCUGGGUCCUCGUUCUACCAGCAGAACAUAUUUGAAGGGAACAGUGGUCCAGGUCUGCAUCUUCAUAACAGUUUUCAUAACUUUUCAAGCCAAGAAGCCUCAAACCUUCUUAAUCUGCCUCGAAGCAGCCAAUUAAUGGCAUCAGAGGGAUGGCCUUCAAAAAGGAUGGCUGUGGAACCCCUUGCUAAUCUUGAAGCUCAAUCCGUACAGCACAAGCUUGAGAAAGUGAGUCACCAGAGUAAUGUAUCUCACAUUUCUGGCACCUUGGCACCACUAUCAGCAAGAGACGGUUCUAGUGCUCAGGCACUUAGUACAAAUGUUCAGAGUCACCUGCUUUCUUCAUCAUUUGCAAUCCAUGAUGGCAUGACAACUGUCAGGGGUGAUGGUGUUGGCAGUGGGACUGAUGCAAUAACCAUAGCUUCAUUGAGAUAUAGUGAUGUGAAUUUGCUACCUGAAAACUCCUUAGCAACUUCCAGUUGUUUGGGUGAAUCAGGAACUUUUAAUUCUCUCAAUGAUGUUUGUGGCGUGAACCCAUCACAAGGUGGAACCUUUGUGAAGGUUUACAAAUCAGGGUCCCUCGGGAGAUCGCUCGAUAUUACCAGAUUCAGCAGCUACUAUGAGUUACGUAGCGAGCUGGAGCGAUUAUUUGGUCUUGAAGGCCAAUUGGAGGACCCUGUAAGAUCAGGCUGGCAGCUUGUAUUCGUCGACCGGGAAAAUGACAUUCUUCUCGUCGGCGACGACCCGUGGCAGGAGUUUGUGAAUAGCGUGUGGUGCAUAAAGAUCCUCUCACCACAAGACGUUCAGCAGAUGGUCCGUGGCGGGGACGGCCUUCUGUCUACACCUGGAGCGACGAUGCUACAGGGCAAUGCCUGCGAUGACUAUUCUGCAAGCCACAGCAUGCAGAACCUCACCGGCAGCAUUGCACCUGUGGUGCCCCUAGACUACUGAGAUGAAGACCGGAAGCCGAACCAAACCAGCAAAUUCAGCACUGCAGGAUUGCCAUCCACAAGUCAUUGCAUUUCCUGUGAUCUUCUCUCUAGUCCCAUUCAUGAGGAAUAACCUAGUCGUUAAUAUAGCUAGAUGAUCCAUUGUAUCACUAUGGUAACGAACAUGUUGUACAAUAGCUGGUGUAGCUAUGUGAUAGCCCUAGCCUAAGCUCUAGAUGGCAGGCAAGAAUUGCUCUAUGGAAGUAUGAAUGCAGGCACUCACUGUAGAGGUGACCUAGUCCUGCAGCUAUAUACAUAUAUCUAAAAUUGAUGGUUCCAUGUGGAGCCUAAACCAUUCAAACGUGUCUCCUUCCUUAAUUUCCCCCUCAAA